AUGACUCGAGAGACGCGCCAAGUCCACGAUGAACGGGACCGGGGCCAGGACCAGGAUGCCGCCAGCGAGGCGGAAAUAUACGCAGCCUUGUGGGCGACAGCGCCUUUUCCACGACUUCCCGACGAUGCUCCGCACGAAGUGAAACGACUGACCAUCGAUGUCGAGGAACCAAAAAGAAUAUAUGGUAUCCACAAAGCUCGCAGGCGCCAUAACUUCCAGCUUUUAGUAGAACGUUACAUCCUUCAGAUCCGGUAUGGCUGUCAGUCCGAGACAUGCACGACAACCACAUGCUUCUCCUGCCGAAAACGCGCCGCGAAUGGCGUCCCAAUUCGGCGUUACAACUCUAGCAGCGCGCGAACUCUUGCGAUCUAUAUGGCUAGCCAAGACAACCCAGAACAGGGUCUCUGCCACCAUACCAGCGUAGGGAGGGCCGCUCCAGUCAUCCAAAAGCCCCUCAAGUCGAGACCGAUUCCCCCUACCGAGGACCGGAUCUCUCCAGCUGUUCCAGCUACUCCAAGGCGGAAUGAUGGAAGACAGACUCCGAAGAAUGGCGCUUUUGUUGAGGAUUUACCGGGUGUCGAUAAACAAACAAGAAAGAAACUCUCGGCGGAGAACUUGAUAAGAAGGACUCAAGUUGAUCUCGCGGCUUUGGAGGAACCCUCUACAAUCGAUCCUCGAUCGUUUGUGCAAAAUGUUUUUGGCACGGUAGCUUACAAGAUGGUCGAAUGGCUCACGCCACGGAACCUUGAUCUCUUAGCACGAUCACAACACCCAGACGUGAUUCCGAAUGAAAUCCAUCCUACGCCCCAGCAUCAACAUGACGGUGGGCCCAGCGAUCCUCCAAUUCAGGGUGAGCCUAUUAACGCAGAAGUUCCAGAGCUUGCAAGCGAUGUAGCAGAGGACAGCAUUCAAGUCGGAAAACCAUCCUCUACGGUAUCGAUUCCAGAGAGCACCGUGGUCACGAAACCCGAACCUGUUGAUUCACAAGAAACGAAGCCAGGCCUGCAUCAGGAACCGAACACCCAUACUGUGGCGGGAAAUGUGCCUCUUUCAAAUAGAACGAAGAAAUCGAACUCACGUGAACUUCAGACUCCCAAGGGUAUACUCAGCAAAUCUCAGAAACUAACUGAUGCCACUGAUCCUCUCUCGCCACCUGCGUCGAAUAUUGUCCAGCCGAGAAAACCAAUUCGCAGAAUGUCUCACCAGGCUUUGAUCACUAGUCCCAGGAUUCGAAGUAGUAGUGUGGUGCAGACGAACGCUCGCGAUACCGUGCAACAUGAUGGUACCAGCGAUGAGGCUUCUUACAUGAUCUCUCCGUACCACGAAGUCGAACAAGUGCCUGUAGACCGCGUGAGUCGGCCUGUGGAAGCGGCGAAACCAAGAGAUCAUGAAAAGUCGAACGGGCUCAUUGCACACAAACAGCCUUGGAAUCCCGCUAAGACAAUCCUCCGAGAGAGAAAGGGUCGCAGGUCUACACUUACGGACGAGGUUCUACUCCCUCAGUCCAUGUCUUCACUGUCAAUAGAGACGAUUGACUUGCUAUGUGAUAUCAUGCAAACCGAUGGGACUUGCGAAAAACAUUUACUCCAACCCAGAGCUAUCGAUGACACCCUGAAAAGGUUUCGUACUGACUCCACUCCUCUGUCUCGCAACCCGUCACCACGACUACCGUCGCAUUCUUCUCGAACCAGAAAUCAAUGGAAGGUGUUCAUCGAACAGAGCUUCUUUGACGUGCUUGGCAAGCCUGACUCGUUAUUGAGAUCAUUCAGCGAUGAUGGAACGAAGUUGUUUGAUUCACAGACCACGUGGUAUCUCCUCCUUCGGAUGACGAGAGCCACACCUUCGUUAGUUUUUGACAGUCUAUGGAACGUUGCUGGCGUUCUCUUUAGACCUCCGGAAAAGCUUGAAUUGGCCUAUGAAUGGGCAAAACACAGCAAGAUCCCCUCUCCAGGGCCUCUUUCAAACGACGAUGCUGCACGGCUAUUGAACAUCUGUCUCCAUGCUCUAGUCGCGGCGGUUCCUCUCAUCUCCGAUGCCCGUCGGCUGGCAAACAUGUCCCGGAUGCGGUCAUACGGACUUGCUGUGCUUGGGAGGGAGCCAUCAUCGCUGGAACCCAUGGAGUUGUGUCUCCAGUAUGAAGACGCAUUCACGGACGAGCCGGCCUUCAGACUUGCGCGCAGAGUCUUUGCAUCAAUUCCGACGAGACGCAGUUUCGCCGAGCUUCUUGAACUCGAGAAGGAUGUUCGCAAUGAUGAGAUCCGCGAGCCCGACAUCCUGGACUCCCUUCUAGGGACGCUCAGGUUCUUGGAUCCCGUCCUCGAUUUUUCGGAUGAGGAACGUGACAUGCAUGAAAAGCGUAUUCCAACAUUGAUUCUUGACUGGGCUCGAACAGUUGUGCUUCAAGAGUGGGACGGGUCUGGCAUAGUUCCGAAUAAUGGCCCUUUAGGUGGUGCCUUGGCUAUGAUGGCUGCCAUUUACGAGAAUCGCAAGUCCUUACUCUUGGGAGACAUUCACUUCCGAACAGAGUACUUUGCCGAUCGUUUAGAUCCGGUCGACAUGCCCCUGGAGUGGCUCUCAUUCGUCCAGAACAAGCGAACUGUGCAUCUACUCGACUACCCGUAUCUCUUUAAUCCUUCAACGCUGGUUACCUAUUUUCGGGCUAUCAACUACUCCAAGAUGAACAAUUCCUACGAACGAGCUCAUACGACAGGAACCCUCGUUGCUCAUUUUGUGAAUGAAGGGGGACUAGUGGGCGAUAGGUAUCGGAAGGAGAAGCUGAACGAGCGUCUACGCACCGCAACCUCCGAAUACAUGGUUCUUGAAAUUCGCAGAAGUCACGUCCUACUAGAUAGUUUCAACGCCCUUUGGAGAAGAGAAGAACGGGAGCUAAUGCGGCCCCUGAAGAUCCGGCUGGGCGAGGAAGGUGGAGAAGAGGGCCUCGAUUCUGGCGGUGUUCAGCAAGAAUUCUUCCGGUUGGCGAUUGCUGAGGCCCUCGAUCCUGACUAUGGCACUUUUACUAUUGAUUCGAGGACAAAGAUGACAUGGUUCCAACCUGGAUCGCCGGAGCCACUUUGGAAAUUCGAGUUGAUCGGCAUGGUUGUGUCGCUUGCUGUCUACAACGGCCUCACGUUACCAGUCACAUUCCCCAAGGCACUGUACCGAAAGCUGCUGGACGAAGAAGUCACCGAACUCCAUCACAUUGCCGAUGGAUGGCCCGAACUAGCGAACGGAUUGACUACGCUACUAGAAUGGGACGAGAAGGACGGCCUGGUGGAAGAUAUCUUCGCCCGCACCUACGAGUUCAGCAUCCAGCAAUUCGGCCAAUCCAUCAGCCGCGAAAUGGGUACCGCCUCAACGCACUGGCCCCAGUUCGCCGACCUCCAGACCUCUUCCAACCCCACUGAUGCGCCCUCCGUCACCAACCAGAAUCGCAACAGCUUCGUCAGCGACUAUAUCCGCUGGCUGACCGAUAUCUCAAUCCAGCCUCAAUUCGACGCAUUCAAAGCCGGGUUCUACGCCUGCCUCGAUCGCCGCGCCAUCACGCUCUUCUCCCCCGAAACGCUGCAGUCCGUGGUCGAAGGCGUGCAGGAAAUUGACAUUAGCGAGAUGCGGCGGGCCGCGCGGUACGUGGGCUGGGAAGGCGACGCAUCGCACCGCUCGGUGCGGGACUUCUGGAGCAUAGUCAAACGCUACGAUCUGUCUCAGAAGCGUAAACUUUUGGAGUUUGUGACGGCGAGCGAUCGGGUGCCUGUAGGCGGGAUGCGGAACCUCCAGUUCACGCUGCAGCGGAACGGGGUGGAUGACGGCCACCUGCCGAGUAGCUAUACCUGCUACGGGAUUUUGCUGCUGCCCGAGUAUUCGAGCAAGGAGGUGCUGAGGGAGAAGCUUGCCAUGGCGCUGGAGAAUAGCAAGGGAUUUGGGUUUGCGUAG